GGCUGAUUUAGGCACUCGAUCGUGAAAAAGGCAUUAUCUUGGUGAAAUCAUCAAAAAAGGCAUGACAGGGCACUUUUGGCAUUUACGGUAAAAUCCUGGCUCUAGUUAUCAAAGAUGUCACAUGGUUGACGACAAACCUUGACCCAAUGCACCCAUCUUAAUUCUUUCUUCAUUUAAUUUGGACUUUAGACUAGAGAUAAAGCACGAAAACAGGUCUGUCGUCAGUAAUAUUUAAAAGGAUUUGGCUCUAAACCAUUUAAUCCACCCUAUUUCUACCAGUCUGAAAAAUUAAUCUACUCAGUCUGAAGAAGGGUCUCUCCGGAGAUGUUGCCCGUCCCGCUGAGUUACUCCAGCAUUUUGUGUCUAUUUUCGGUGUAAACCAGCAUCUGGAGUUAUUUCCCAUUCACUUCUACUAGAAAGUGUUGCUGUUUAGCACGGAAGGUGUUUCCAGAACCUGUUUGGGAUAUUAGUGCAAGGUGAUAAACCAUCAAUCUUCUUCUUGCCCAUGGCGUGCACUGCCUGAACUUGUUAGUUAAGUUUGCAUGCAAGGUGAUAAAUUAUCAGUAUUUUGGAACAAUCCUGCUCUACAACUUCAGGUCCACCCACAAGGUUGAAGCGCUCAAGGCUUUCGGAACCAAGGCGCAGUCAGCGCCGCGUCCGCAACUAACAUGCGGGAUUACGAUGAAAUUACAGCCUUCCUGGGAGAAUGGGGACCGGCUCAGAAACUCAUCUUCCUGCUCUUGACUGUCAGCAUUAUUCCCAACGGUUUCUCCGGUCUAAACAUCAUCUUUGUCGGGGAUACCCCAGAGCAUCGCUGCUCGAUUCCCGGGAAUCUCAACCUCAGUCAAGCCUGGAUGAACAGAACCAUCCCACUGGUGCCAGGAUCACAAGUCCAGUACAGCCAAUGCAGUCGCUACCGCUUGGAUGUGAUCAGGAACCUCUCGGAGGUGUUUCCAGACCCAGAUCUCCUCAACGUGUCCGGGAUCGACGAGGAGCCGUGUUUGGAUGGAUGGGAUUACAGUCAGGACCAGUACACCUCCACCAUCGUCUCCGAGUGGGACUUGGUGUGUGACGAUAAAUGGAAAGAGCCACUUACCACAUCACUGUUCUACUUCGGAGUGCUGGUAGGUUCUGGUGGUUCUGGUGUAAUAUCAGACAGGUGAGUUUUUUCCUUUAUAUUCACAGAGAGAGAUAUUCAUCAUAAAUCUCCUUCACUUUUGUACCCUAGGAAGUGGCUCUAGAAAUUGUGGAAGCAUUUGUGAUCAUUUUCCAAUGUUCUAAAGAUUCAGGAUCAGUCCCUGUGGAUUGGAGGGUAGCUAAUGUUAUCCCACUUUUUAAGAAAGGAAGGAGAGAGAAAACAGGGAAUUAUAGACCAGUUAGCCUGACAUCGGAGGUGGGGAAGAUGCUGGAGUCAAUUAUAAAAGAUGAAAUAGAGGCACAUUUGGAAAGCAGUAGCAGGAUCGGUCCGAGUUAGCAUGGAUUUACAAUGGGGAAAUCAUACAUGACUAAUCUUCUGGAAUUCUUUGAGGAUGUAACUAGGAAAAUGGACAAGGGAGAGCCAGUGGAUGUAGUGUACCUGGACUUUCAGAAAGCAUUUGAUAAGGUCCCACAAAGGAGGGCAAAAUUAGAGCACAUGUUAUUGGAGGUAGGGUACUGACAUGGAUUGAAAAUUGUUUGGCAGAAAGUAAACAAAGAGUAGGGAUAAACUGGUUCCUUUCAGAAUAGCAGGCAGUGACUAGUGAGGUACCGCAAGGCUCGGUGCUGGGCCUGUAGCUAUUUACAAUAUACAUUAAUGAUUUAGAUGAAGGGAUUAAAAAUAGCAUUAGCAGAUUUGCAGAUGACACAAAGCUGGGUGGCAGGGUGAACUGUGAAGAGGAUGCUAUGAGAAUGCAGGGCAGUGAUGUGCAGUGAGGACAAUGGCUGGGGUGGCACUGGCUAGUAUUAGUGGCCCGGCCCUCCCUGUACUGAUCACCGCGUAUCC